AUGGAGCUGCUGGACGGCGGCAGCAUCUCGCUGUGGACCGUGGUGGGGGCCGUGCAGGCGCUGGAGCGGAGCGUGGCCGCACACGCGUCCCGCCUGCUCAGCCUGGAGCACCGCGCCGGGAACGCCGAGAAGAAGCACCUGGAAUACGAGAAAGGAAUGGGAGAGUUGGGGAACCAGCUUGACAGCAAGUGGACGGCGCUGGGCAACCUUGUCCAGGAGUACGGGCAGCUCCAGCGGCGCCUGGAGAACAUGGAGAACCUGCUGAGGAACAGGAACUUCUGGGUGCUGCGGCUGCCUCCGGGCGGGGGGGUCCCCAAGGCCCCGACCCUGGUGUUGGAAAAUGACGCCACUGGCUUUUCGGCUCAGGAGUGGGAGAACCUGGAGGAGUGGCAGAGGGAGCUGUGCAGGAAGGUGCUGGCGGGGAAGAGCCAAGCCCUGAUCCUGCCGGGUGAGUGUCGCUGUUCCGGUCGGUUAUCGGCGCUUCCGGACUGGCUCGGGUUUGGGGAGCCUUUCCCACACCUGGGGAGCAGAUCUGUGUGAGCACGGAGAGGCCGGUGUGUGUCACACCCUGUCCCAUCGGUCACCUCCAUG